UUAUAAGAUAUUCAUAAGAAAGUGAUAAGGCGGCUUGUUACUUUCUUAUGAAUAUCUUAUAAGUUUCUUAUAAGAAUCUUAUCAGAACCAGUGAAUUUUUUGUCACUUCCGUGCAACAUCUUAUAUACGAAUCUUGUAAGAAUCUUAUCAGAAACUUGAUAAAAAUUGUCAAAAAUUCUUUCUCUAGGGUAGUCAAAGAGAUAGAUUUUUAAACGUCUCGUACCCACUCAUAUAAACUUUAAAAGUAGAUAACAAAUUGAAAUAGAAUCUAUUUCGUUCAUAAUUAAGACAAAGAAAAUUUCCUAUAUUGAUAUCCAUUUUAUAAAUUCAUCAUUCUGCCGAUGUGUUGCUAUAUUUAGAUUAUAGAUUAAUAUAUUAUUCAAUUAUGGAAAUAUUAAAACAAUGUGAUCCAAAGCAAAAGGCAUUAGCUAUGAGAGUUUAUGUUGAUUUAAAACAUUGUAAUGAAAUUAUAUGAUUUAUUUUCAUUUUUUUUUUAAUUUUUAAUUUUUUCAUGUUUUUCGAUUUAGUACAGGUCGUCAUUGGAAAAUAUUAAACGUUCAUUAUUAUGUGGGAAAAAAAGUGAUUUUUUUUCUUGGUUCACAACAAACAACACAACCACUUGUAUUCAUCUUACCAGUGUCAAGUGACGAUGCCUACAGUACGGAUGAAUUAUUCAAUUUAACUAAAAAUUUGAAAGAAUAUGUUACUCAUCAACAUGUACAAAGUGUUUUGCUGGCUAUUAUUAGUAAUGAUUUUACCAUUUCCUAUUACAAAUUAACAAAUGGUUUAUUUAGCGAUAAUCAUUUAUCGAUGCCGUCACAAACACAAAUGGAGAUUCAACUACGGUCAAGUACAAGUGAAAAACGUUCAUUGUCAAAUGUUGAUGAUGAACCAAUUGUUGAACAAAUUAAAUUUCCCAGAAUUAACGAAGAUAAAGAAGAAGAAUUAAUAUUACAGUUGUAUCAACCAGAUGAACUAGAAGUGAUUUGUCAAGAAAUUCUUGAUAUGUUUGAUAAACCGGAAAAUAUAACUCAAUUAAGAGAAGCUCGUUUAUGUUCAGCAAAUGAUGCUGUCAUCUAUAUGAAUUGUAUAUUUCCAAAAUUGGCUCGAUUACAAAGUACUGUACUUGAGAAACAUGGUUUUAAUAAAAACGAUGGAAAUGUAUUAUUUACUUUAUUAGUGAAACAAAAUUUAAGCAAGAGUACAAAACUUCAUGGUCUUUAUAGUGAAAUUCGUGGAUAUUUUAUACCACCAAUCUAA